CUCCACCAUUCUCCAGUCCUGUCCAGUGGUGGUGCAAGCACCGGCUGGUUGCCGCCGUCCCCUUGCUCUCUCGCUGCCUCAUCGGCGGCCGUGGCUGGGGGGAACUAACUGCUAGUGGCCUCUUCGGCGCCAGAUUUCGCAUCUGAGUUGACGUCGAUGCCUCUCCCUCUCCUUCCAGCAUUCUCGACGGUUCAGGAAGGUAAGCUGGAACUGAAGUAGGCAAUGGAAAGUAUUUUGCUUUUUAUCUUGUUGUGCUGUGAAAUUCAAUGGGUCAACGUUUCGGACCAUGAAUUGCAAUUGCCUGAUAUAUAUAACUCAAGCUGUUUCGCCUGGAUUAGAUGUAUUCUGCCGCGGCUGCUGGUUGGAUAAGCGGUUUAUGUUAAUUAGUCGUUGUUGCCGUGGGAACAACAGUUGGUAGUUUUUGGUUCCUUCUUGCUGCUACCGUGUUCAAUGCUCUCCUUGAUCUGCAUGUUACCGUUUGUUAUUUGGAUUCUAACCUUGCUUCUUUGCUGACUUGUCUGUGGGCAGAGUUAAAUGGAGGCAGGAUUGACAGAGCGUAGUGACGAGAAGGGUGAAGAAGAGUAUGUACUACUUGACCUUGAUGCGGUCAUGGAGCACGUUAGCAUUCGGCCAGAUACGCCAUAUGUUCUUACUGGUCUGGACACGUUGAACCCAAUGCUGAUUAUAGAUGGCAAAGUGAAGCUGAUUGGAGAAUAUGAAGAGACAAUAGGAACUUGCUUGGUUUUCUCAGAAAACGAGGCCCCUGUCCUGCAUAAAGAGACUGGACCAUCGGAUGCGAAUCUCUUCUCAGGGAGAUGCAUAGUGGAUCCAAAUCAAGUACCGUCCAAGGAAGUGAAACCGGUUGCUCGUCUUCAAAAGGUCCUCAAGUUUAGGUUGUUGCUAGAUGGUGUAGAUGAUGCUCAACAAGAUCACCCAUCAACUGAUUGAUGCCUGGCGAAAACUGAACUUGAUAAGUUUGGCCAAAUUCUUGCAGAGGCCCCUGUCCUGCAUAAAGAGACUGGACCAUCGGAUGCGAAUCUCUUCUCAGGGAGAUGCAUAGUGGAUCCAAAUCAAGUACCGUCCAAGGAAGUGAAACCGGUUGCUCGUCUUCAAAAGGUCCUCAAGUUUAGGUUGUUGCUAGAUGGUGUAGAUGAUGCUCAACAAGAUCACCCAUCAACUGAAGGAAAUGCUUCGAACCAAUCAACAGCUGCUCAAAACUGAAGGCGAGCAGUUGAUAUGAUUACAGCAGCAAAACCUACUUACGGGUAAUCAUGUGGAGAACAACCUGUUAACUUUGAGCUUUUAUGUGAAUAGAACUGGGUUGAUGGUUUAUUUUAUGUUCUAAAGGUCUCGCCUUCACCGUCACUUUCCUCUCAAGUAACCGUUAUAUAAUCGUUACUUGAGAGAUAGGCCAACUUGCAUACAUGAAGCUGGAAUUAAACACAACAAACGCAUACAACACAUUGAAACGAAACACACAAAGCAAACAAAGUGAAAGAAACAUAAGCAAAAUUUUAACGCACACAAUCACGGUUGCCGGUUGAGACCAUCGCGACGUUAUUUAGUUUAGUUUAGAGUCUAGAGACCAGCUAGCCUUCACCCCUAUUGUUGAGAUAGUCGUUGAUCAUUCAGAUGACGAGCUUCUCGUCCUUGGUUUCGUACUUGAAGUUGAAGGAAUUUGAUGCCAGUGUAGACACCAUCAUCCAUUUAGUAAGUAACUGUAACUUGGUUGCCGUUGGUGAGACGCGCGUGAGUGUCCUUUUGGGUAUAGGAGAAGGGGACGUCACAAGAACCUCUGGUUGGCAACAGAUUGAUUCGAGUCGAACUCAUGGGAGCCAUCAUGAGACCUUGUAAUGAAUGAUGUGUGAUUUUAUUGCAGAGGCACAUAAUGUGUCAACAAAAUCAACUGUAGUACAGAAAAAUAUUAAUAGACAAAUUAACGCUUGUCAACAAAAUCAAUUCUAGUACAGAAAAAUAUUAAUAGAGAGUUAAAAUCAUAUAUGUCCAACUUACAGAAAAUCUCAUAUCAAAUGUAGUCUACAAGUUCGCUUAAUUAUAACAUCGGCUAGCUAGUGCUUCGAAGAGGAUGGAAAGACUGGGCGAAGUCUGUGUUCCACGAUGGAGACUGAACAAGUUUUCACCGUUCACGAGAGGGGAAAAUGUUAUGCCGAAGUUCCAAGAUCUUGAAUGAUUGCUGAGAUGAUGUGGUACGUAAGAGCAUGAUUUUAACUACUUGAAAAACAACCUGUGGAAGACUGGAAGGGAGUAGGGGUGGGCAUGCGGUUCAGUUUUACCGAACCGAACAAAAACCGAUCGAAACCGAAAUAACCCUUAUUAGGUUCGGAAUUCGGAGGGGAAUAUGCAACAUUUCGGGAGCCAGGUCCGUUUGAACCGAACCGAAAAAUCGAACUGCCGACCGAAUUUCCCAAAUCUAAAUUAGCUACCCAGCCCAAGACUCUAGUGCCCAAGCCCAACCCUCUCUGCUCCUAGCCCAAUCCUCACUGACCCAAUGCCCAGCCCACCCACACCCAACAAAACAACUCCCUUGGC